AUGAAUAUUUGGUGUCAUUUUCAGGGUCGUACGAAUAAACUUGUGGAUAGUUGUUAUAGCUUUUGGCAAGCGGCCGUCUUCCCGAUGAUGCAAGUUGAGUUAGGAAAACGUUCAACAAGCGAUACCUACGAAGAGCCAUUCGAUGCGAAAGCGCUGCAGGAAUUUGUUCUGGUGAUGGCACAAGAUCAAGAGAACGGAGGAUUUAGGGAUAAGCCCGAUAAAGUGAGAGAUUUGUAUCAUACGUGCUAUGCACUAAGUGGUUUAGCAAUCGCACAGACUUAUACACCGAAUGAUGUAGUUGGU